UACCUAUGCUGUUAUACUGGCGCGCAGUAUCUUCAUCUCUGAUGAAUAACCUCUAAAUUCACUACACAUAAUACAACAUACUGUAUCACUCUCUGCAGUGUCCUGGUGUCCUGUAUGUUGCAAGUGUCGCAAGUCGUAACGACUGUGUGGUAUACCUGCGUUCUGGAAAAUAGAUUUUCGCUGGUUGUAGUUUGUAAUUGUUGCAAGGACGACGAUUGUGUUUAUAAAUAGUAUUGACCAAAAAACGGCUAGCGCGAUUCUGCCAGUCUGCAGACUGCCAGACUCCAUGUAAUCUCACCCUCAGAGUGCUGCAGCCAAACGCAUGCGCGCUAACUCAAAACGAACACUCGGUGCACUCGUGCGCUCGUGCGUUUCGUCAGAGAUUAGAAGUCUAGUCUCUGGUUUCGUUUCCCUCCCGCUUCAGUAGACGCCCAGACGAGAGCACUAGUGCGAACUUUACUUCACGUGGACAUACUUCAUUUGAAAAAGUAGCGUUUUCCUUUAAAAUUCCUAACCUUAUAUCCACGUAAUUACGUGGAUUUGGUGCGAAUAGACACAGCGUAGAGAAAUCAUCUCAAUUCGGCCGGAGCCAUGGCCGAUUUCCUAGACUCCGAGGCCGAGGAGAGUGAGGAUGAAAUGUUGGAUGCAAAAGACAAGAAAAAAUUGAAAAGAAUUGCUGCCUCUGAUAGUGAAGAGGAAGAGGAAGAUGACGAAGAAAAGCUUAGAGAAGAGCUUAAAGAUCUCAUAGACGAUGCCCCUAUUGAGGAAGACGAAAGUGAUGGAGAGGAUAGCGAUAAUUCCACCAAUUCUAAAAAACGAAAAAAAAGCGAUGACGAAGACUUUGAUGACCGUCUUGACGAAGAAGACUAUGACGUUAUUGAAGAAAAUCUCGGUGUUAAAGUUGAAAGAAAACGAUUUAAACGGUUGAAAAGAAUAAAAACUGAAGAAUCUGAAGAUGAGCAAGAACAAGAGCCAGAGGAGGAAAGAGAUGCUAUCGCAAAUGAACUUUUUCCAUCUGAAUUGGGGUCUGGUGACGAGGAUGAAAGGAGAAGCGAACGUAGUGUGAGACCUGCCCCAGAAGCUGAUAGAUACGGAGGAAGUGAAGAAGAGUCUGAUGCCGAUGAUUUCAUUGUGGAUGACGAUGGUAGACCUAUCAGUGGAGGUAAAAAAAAGAAAAAGCACAUCUUUUCAGACAGUGCUCUUCAAGAGGCCCAAGAUAUUUUUGGAGUGGAUUAUGAUUUUGACGAGUUUAGAAAAUAUGGCGACGAUUAUGAAGAGGAGGAUGAAGAGCAAGACGAAGAAGAUGAGGAAGAUGACUAUAUUGAUGAAGACGAUGCAGACAAGCCGAGAAAAAAGAAAAAGGCUGCAAAGAAGAAAAGCACAGGGCGUACGAUUCAUACAGUAUACGAGCCAAGCGAUAUUCGUCGUGGUUUCUUUACUGAAAUGGACAGUGACAUUCGUAAAAUUGACAUUCCCGAGCGUAUGCAGCUUAGAUCGACACCAGUUACACCAGCUACAGAAGAGGAGAUCGCGGAAGAAGCUCAAUGGAUCUACAAUCAAGCGUUUGUGCGGAAAAAUAUUUCAGUACAGGACUCUCACUUAACCGAGGAGGCAAAAACGCGUGCCAAGAAAGGUCCGCAAACUAUUGGAAAAAUCCAAAAAGCUCUGGAAUUCAUGCGCAACACUUAUCAAGAGGUGCCAUUUAUUGCCUUUUAUCGCAAAGAAUACGUUCUUCCAGAGCUAAACAUCAAUGAUCUGUGGAAGGUAUACAAAUAUGAUGCCAAAUGGUGCCAAUGGAACGAACGCAAAAAAGUGUUGUUAAAUCUUUUCCGCAGAAUGAAACGCUAUCAGGAGGAUCACAUAAUGAAAGAUAUAGAUGCACCUCUUCCCGAUAACAUGCGCAUCAUUGAGGAAGAGGACGUUAAGCAGCUCGAAGGCGUCCAAACGACCGAAGAACUGAAUGACUGCUAUCGUCAUUUCAUGCUCUAUUACAGUCAUGAGAUAUCAAAAAUGCAAGAGAUAGUUCGCAAAGAGGAGAAAGAGAAGCGUCGAAUCGAAAGGAUACAAAAACGCAAACAACAGAUCGCAGAUGCCGAAGAAGCUGGCGAAGAACCGCCUCCUGAAGAUCCCGAAGAAGAUGACGAGUAUGAUGAAUUUGAUGCGACGCAAAAGCACACUAUUCGCUCUGGUCCUUACUCAAUUUGUAAAAAGGCAGGAUUAGAAGAUUUGGCGAAAAAAUUUGGUUUGCCACCAGAACACUUUGCCAAAAAUCUUGCUGAAGAGUACCAAAUCUACGAAGUUGAUCAGGAGCCCAACGAACCUAGUGUAGUCGCUGCUGAAUUUAUUAGUCAAAAAUUCCAAACGACAGAAGAAGUACUAAAAGCCGCUCAGCUCAUGGUGGCAAUACAGCUUGCAAGGGAGCCUUUGCUGCGUGAGUCUGUAAGAAAGGUUUAUAAAGAAAAGGCUAAGAUCUCUGUUCGACCUACAAAAAAAGGCAUCAAGCUGAUUGACGAGAAUCAUCCGAUUAGCACGAUGAAGUACCUGAAGGGCAAGCCUGUCAGAGAUUUAGUUGGUGAUCAAUUUUUGAAACUAGUUAUGGCAGAAGAGGAAAAGCUCAUUGAGCUAUCCUUUUCCGAUAACAUCGAAGGUAGUACUACAAAUAAUUAUGUAGAACAAAUGAAGCAGCUCUACGUUAGGGACGAGUUUAGUAAAAAUGUCCAAGACUGGAACGCCCUGCGCGUAGGUAGUGUUGAAAUGGCUUUGACAAAAAUGGUGAUUCCUGAUUUGAAGAAAGAGCUUCGCUCAAUGCUGCUAGCCGAAUCCAAAGAGUGUGUAAUGCGCCACUGUGCACGAAAAAUGUAUAAUUGGCUUAAGGUUGCACCUUACAAGUGUAAAUUCCCCGACGAGGAUGAGGAAGACUGGGACACUAGUAAAGGUCUCAGGGUUAUGGGUCUUAGUUAUGUGCCUGAUUUUUCCGUCGCUUCGUUUACCUGCGUUGUUUCCCCGGAAGGUGAAGUUAUUGAUCAUUUAAAAUUGCCUCACAUAUUGAAGAAGAAAAAUAGUUUUCGAGAAAGCGACAAAACCAUGAAGGAAGCUGAUAUGUUGGCUCUAAGAAAUUUCAUUGCUACGAGAAAGCCCCACGUGGUCGUCAUUGGAGGUGAGUCGAGAGAAGCGACGAUGAUCGCCGAAGAUAUAAGAGAAGUUAUUACCGCGCUCACGAUGGAAGAGCAAUUUCCAAGUAUCAAUGUUGAAAUAAUGGACAACGAACUGGCUCGAAUCUAUUCAAACAGUCACAAGGGCGUGUCGGACUUUUUAGAUUAUCCCGAGCUCUUGCGCCAGGCAAUUUCGCUCGCUCGCCGCCUUCAGGAUCCUCUAUUCGAGUUCAGUCAGUUGUGCAACCCCGAUGACGAAAUACUUUGCCUGAAAUAUCACCCGCUACAGGAUCAACUGUCCAAAGAAGAUCUCAUAGAAAACAUCAACAUGGAGUUCGUGAAUCGUACGUGCGAAGUUGGCGUUGAUAUAAACAAAGCUGUCCAACAGCCUUACUAUUCUAGUCUUGUGCAAUUUAUCAGCGGUCUAGGUCCGCGUAAGGCGGCCAACAUUAUGAAAUUGUUGAAGCAAACGAAUCAGCGGCUCGAGAAUCGAUCGCAACUGGUCACGUUGCACCACAUGGGUCCGAAAAUUUAUAUAAACUGCGCAGGCUUCGUUAAGGUCGACACAAACAGCUUGGGCGACAGCACCGAGGCUUACGUCGAGAUUCUCGACGGCUCGCGUAUUCACCCCGAGACUUACGAAUGGGCUCGGAAGAUGGCCGUCGAUGCCCUGGAGUACGACGACGAGGAUGCGAAUCACGGCGGUGCCCUCGAGGAGAUCCUCGAAUCACCUGAGAGGCUCAAAGAUCUCGACCUCGAUGCCUUUGCCGAGGAGUUGGAGCGCCAAGGCUUUGGCAACAAGUGCAUUACCCUUUACGAUAUCAGGUCAGAGCUCAACAAUCGCUACAAGGACCUGCGGCCAACAUACCAGCCGCCGAAUCCGGAACAAUUGUUCAACAUGCUGACGAAAGAAACUCCCGAAACCUUCUACGUUGGCAAGCUGCUUGAGACUACAGUCGUCGGGAUAAGCUACAGAAAGCCAAAGGGUGAACAGCUGGAACAAGCCAAUCCAGUGCGUAACGACGAGACGGGUCUCUGGCAAUGUCCGUUCUGUCUGAAGAACGAGUUUCCCGAACUCUCCGAAGUUUGGAAUCACUUCGACACGGGCGCGUGUCCUGGCAAAGCUGUCGGAAUCCGGUUGCGUUUGGACAACGGCGUCUCGGGAUACAUUCACAUAAAGAACUUGUCGGACAAGCAUGUCACCAAUCCAGAGGAACGAGUACGGAUCGGAAAUCGGAUAUACUGUCGCAUAGUCAAGAUCGAGCCAGAGAGAUUUGGCGUGGAAGCGACGAGUAAAAGUAGCGACCUCGCUGAUAAAAACAACGACUGGAGGCCGCAGAAGGAUCCUUACUACGACGCAGAGGUCGAAGCCAAGGACAAUCUCGUGGAAGAAGAGGCGAAGAAAGUUAGUCAGCGUCAGAUGUACGUGACGCGCGUCAUUAUCCACCCGUCGUUCCGCAAUAUCACUUACGCUGACGCCGAGAAGCUCAUGCAGACGAUGCAGCAGGGUGAGGCCAUCAUUCGGCCGUCGAGUAAGGGCGACGAUCAUCUGACAGUUACGUGGAAAGUAACUGAAGGUAUUCAUCAGCACAUCGAUGUGCGCGAAGAGGGCAAAGAGAACAAAUAUUCGUUAGGACGUAGCUUGUGGAUUGGCAACGAGGAGUUUGAGGAUCUCGAUGAAAUCAUAGCCAGACACAUCAAUCCCAUGGCAGCUUAUGCUACAGAGUUACUUGAUUUUAAAUAUUAUAAGGGCAGUAUCAUGGGUUCGAAGGAAAAAUCAGAGGAACUUCUCAAGGAACAAAAGAAGGAGAAUCCAGGAGGUAUACCGUAUGUCGUUUCAGCGGCUAAGAAUUACCCCGGAAAGUUCAUGCUUUCGUAUCUUCCUCGUACUCGGUGCCGGCACGAGUACAUUUCAGUCACGCCGGAUGGUUUUAGAUUUAGGACAAACACAUUCUCGCGAGUCAGCGAUCUUUUCCGUUGGUUCAAAGAACACUUCAGAGAUCCGAUUCCAGGACAACACACUCCCAGCACACCUAGGGUAUACGCCAAUACACCUGGUGGCGGCGUAAAUAUAAAUGGCAUGAACCAGGAGGCGAUUCAACGAGUGGCGCAAAAUAUGCCGAGGCACAUGCUACAUUCGUUAUCACAAGUAGCCAACCAGACACCACAUUAUCCACAAACGCCUGGUGCAGCAAGCACAGCCACGGGAUACGGUACCGUGCAUGGUACGCCAUAUGCGAUCAACACCCCCUACACCCCUUCAGGUCAAACACCGUACAUUACGCCCUACCAGACGCCAGCGCAGCAAACUCCUGGCAGUCAUCAUGCAAUGUCGGGUGGUCCGUUUGGACAGAAUACGGAUUGGUCGAAAGCGGCUGCUGCUUGGGCUAGACAAUCAAAUGGAACUCCCAGAUCAUCAUCGAGCCCAAGAAGUAUGAGUCUCAGCGGAGAUGGCACACCACUGUAUGAUGAAAGUUGAGAAAGUGUAGGUUAAGGGUAUUUGCAUAAAAAUAAAUAAAUUUUUAUUAAUAAUAAAACAUAUGUUAUAAGAAAUGUUUAAAUGAAGGAAUAAACAUGUCUUAAGUGUAUCAUUUUUUUACCAAACAAAAAGCAAUUGUUAAAUACA